UCUGUCGACAAGGUGUCAUCACUAAUGUUUACAUGUAAACGAAUUCGUUGAUCGAAAUACGGCAAAUCUGCCAUGGCCGAUACUAAGUCUGGUCGUUACAGCAGUAAUGCAAUAUCUCCUCUAGUACAGAGUCCGGAAAAUCUGGAAUGUAAAAACUUUCAAGAUUACCUUCGCACCCGACAAACACCUGAAUCGUUGGAGAAGCUCUACAAUCAUCCACCCAUUUGUUUGGCCGUCUUCCGCGAGCUACCAGAAAUCGCCAGGCAAUUUGUAAUACGCAUUUUAUUUGUGGAUCAGCCAGUGCCUCAAGCUGUAGUGAGCUCAUGGGGCGCACAACGCAUUGCCAAAGAGCAAGAGGAAGCUACCAAUUGUCUGACCGCUUUAAAUGUCUGGCGAGUUACAGCCAUACCAGGCGGCCUGUCUGCGUGGGAGUUAUCACCCACGUUUAAGAAGAGCGUGCGUCAGGUACUUUUGGGCGGUGGAAAACCCUGGGCAAUGUCAAGUACUACAGAGAAGGACUCAAAGCCGCGAGAUAUUGCGUUUUUGGAUUCGUAUGCCAUGUCGCGUUGGCGUUGUGUUCUGCAUUACAUGGUUGGGACAGGUGGCCGGAAUGGUGGCCCUGAUACAGACGCCAUAAGUCCCGACGCUGUGCGCAUUCUUUUGCAUGCUAAUUUGAUGAAGCGCGACGAGCGUGACCAUCAUACCAUUACCAUAACCCGCCAAGGAUUUCAGUUUCUCCUGCUAGAUACACGCGCACAGGUCUGGCAUUUUAUGCUGCAGUAUUUGGAGACGUGCGAGGAGCGGGGCAUUUCACUGCCCGAGUGUUUAUCCAUGCUGUUUCAGCUUAGUUUCUCCACUCUGGGAAGGGACUACAGCUCGGUAGGCAUGAAUAGUCAAAUGUUAACGUUCCUACAGCAUCUGCGGGAAUUCGGACUGGUAUUCCAGCGUAGACGCAAGGAGAACCGAUUUUAUCCGACACGUCUAGCUUUGAAUGUUACUAAUAAAAACGGAGCGGAAGCAUCCACUACAGCCGAUGAGGAGCGUAUGCAGGAAAGGGGAUACAUUGUGGUGGAGACAAACUACCGAGUUUACGCCUACACAGAUUCUCCUCUGCAAGUGGCCGUACUAGGCCUGUUCACUGAGUUGCUAUAUCGUUUUCCCAAUCUGGUUGUUGGUGUGCUUACACGUGACUCUGUGCGCCAGGCAUUACGUGGCGGAAUUACUGCUGAGCAGAUUGUCAGCUAUUUGGAACAGUAUGCUCAUCCCAAUAUGAAACUCGUCGAAUCGGCCAUUCAGUCAAAAUCCUGCCUCCCGCCAACAGUUGUGGACCAAAUUAAGUUGUGGGAGCUAGAACGUAAUCGUUUCACCUACACAGAAGGUGUCGUCUACAAUCAUUUUCUUUCACAAAACGACUUUGUCACGCUGCGAGACUACGCACAGUCCAUACACAUGCUAGUGUGGCAGAACGAGCGCACACGCACCAUGGUAGUGCAGAAGAACGGGCACGACGACGUCAAACGAUACUGGAAGAAGUACUCUAAAAGCGGCGGCUAGCGGACACCUCAUAUACAGAACCUUUAAUUUCUACACUGUAUUUAAUAUACCUCGUUUAAUAUCUAUACUCUAAGCGAACUGCUUUAGAUCACUCAUUCAAGCAAAUGCCUCUGGCCAUGCUCAGUAAUAAAGUUGGUAUACCUCUA